AUGCCAACACAACCAUCUACCAUCAACACCAAUAUCAAGAUCAAGACGACAGCUACCAAACAACCUUUACAUUCUCCAUCGUCCACUAUGAAGCUUUCAGUCACCCUCCUCAGCCUUGCUGCUGCACAUGUCUCCUGCAGCGCAGUCCAUCCCAGCGAUGCUGAGAAAGCUUGCUUUGAAACCCCGGAGAAUUGCCUCCAACACCCCACCGAGCUCGGUAUCAAGAGCUCUCUCUACGACUCCUCUCAGGGAGAGACAGAAUCUUCUGCAGACACCGCCAGUGAUGGCACGGGCCUUUCACCCCGGCAAGAUGACCGGGUCAUGUGUCCUCCAGGCAAAGGCCGUGGUCAAAACAUGGACUAUGACUACGGAUGUGACGAAGGGUGGUGUUGGAGAAACUGCCGCACCGGUCGCACCUUUCCCUUGGGUGCUAUAAGCAAGCCAUGGUGCUGGUUGAAAUAUGAGGCAGGAGUGGGAGGAUGGACCCCCUGUGGAAGAUGGCAAGAUUGCAAGUAUUCGUAUGACAAGAAGAACGCUAAGUGCGCCAAGAAGAAGAAGGGUUGUGGCGAGUGCGGCUGCGGCUGCUAA